CUCUCAUGACGCAGUGCGCUUCGACGUCUGGCGUUUCACGUGAUCACACUUCCAACUGUUACAAGAUGGCGGCGCCCGGCCCUUGUCCUCUUCCGCCUCAGAGCGGAGGCCGAUAUUGCCUGGUGAGCCGCAUUCCGGCCCAGCUUCGGUCCACCGACCUCCGGGCCUACUUUAGCCAGGCCGUUGAGGCCGGCGCCUUUCUUCGUUUCCAUUACCGGCACCGGCCCGAGCGCGGAGAAGGGCCAAGCCCCGGGCCAACCUGCUGUUGCCUGGUGGCGGUGCAGCCCGGUUGGUCUUGCCGUUUUGUCCGCAUGUACUCGGGGAAGCGCUGGAUCGACGCGCAGGGGGAGGCGAUGUCUGGCCGCUGCCUCAUUCGGAGAGUUCGAGUUUCCCCGGAUGAAGACGUCAACUCAUUUCCAUAUAAAACCCAAAAGGAACUCCAUAAGAAAGCCUCAAGUGAAACUUUUACUGAGGAUGAUUUAAAGCAACUGCCUGAGUUGAACCCUCCUGCAUUUAUGCCCUAUGGGAAUGUGGGUACCCCUUUGAGAGUCUUUUUGGAACUUAUCAGUGCCUGUCGCAUGCCUGCCCGUGCUAUCAGGAAAUUGCAGUUGCAGUUCCCCAUAACUGCCUCCUCUCGCAGAUAUGGAAACGUGCCCUUUACGUAUGAAGAAACUGAAACAGUUGUCGAGGAGGAACGGGUCUACACGGCUACUGGAGAAGAGCUAACAGAAGGGGAGCCCCUGCUGCAAGUAGGAAGCGCUACUGUAAAAGAUGACAAAGAUGGCGGAGAUUGGGAAGAUCUAGAGAAAGAAGCAACGGAAGAAAACGACUGUCAUUUGGAUGAAGACGAUGAUAGAUGUGAAGAGUGGGAGCGGCAUGAGGCUUUGCAUGAGGACAUCACCAGCCAGGAACGCACAAAGGAACGUCUGUAUGAGGAGGAGAUUGAACUGAAGUGGGAGAAGGGAGGCUCUGGGCUGGUCUUCUACACAGAUGCACAGUAUUGGCAAGAAGAAGAGGAAGGCGAUUUUGAUGAGCAGACGGCGGAUGACUGGGAUGUGGACAUGAGUGUCUACUACGACAAAGACGGAGGUGACAAGGAUUCUCGGGAUUUGGUCCAGAUGCGGUUUGAACAGAGGCUCCGGGAUGGUUUGGAAGAUGGGUCUGUUUUGGGACAACAAAUUGGAACCUUUGAAAAAUAUACCAAGGGUAUUGGCCGGAAGGUGCUGGAGAGGCAAGGCUGGACUGAGGGUCUCGGCUUGGGUAGCAGCAAUUCAGGGAUGGCUGAAGCACUUGACAAUGAGGGCCAGAAUCCCAAGUGCAAGAGAGGUUUGGGCUACCAUGGCGAGAAGCUCCAGACUUACAUCAAGCCCAAGAGACCCUGCCGGGAUGGCCACGCUCUCAUCUCCACCGUUUAUGAUGACCCCCAUCCUGUGGAUGCAGGGGAGCAGCUGCUCCGGCGCCCGCUGCCCAUGAGGAUGAAGUAUUGGCAAGACGUGCCGUUUGUCCAGGCUGCUCACAGUGUGCAUCGCAGCUCCAGUUCUUCAUGAGACACACAGUAGCCUGUCAGCAAGGACUGGUGUUUUGGGGACUUUGUGUCUUUUUUUCUUUUUAAUGAUGUUUUUAUUAAGGAAAGCGACACACAUGGUCUUGUAGAAUCCUGUGAAUUUGUGGGCUCAUUAAAAAAAAAAAACAACCACCAUUUUUAAACA